CUGUUACGAUAGACAGCUGAGAUCAGAUAAUUACGCUGACAAGCCCUAAAACAAAGCUUCCUUAUCUGUCAUUUAACUUAUUUGAAUUAUCUGAGCUGUGAAUUUAAUAAAAAAAAAAUGGAAAUGAAAAGGUAUCCAAAUGAUGGGUGUUGCGAGAGGUUACAUUUAGAUGUCUGUGUAGAUGAGCGCACCCCUCGGCAUGGGAUAUUAGAGCUUCUUAAGAAACUGAGGCCAGAGUGGAAAUCAGAAGAUAUUCAGAUCAAGGCUUUCACUGAGGGCAUCACUAACCAAUUAAUGGGCUGCUAUGUUGGCUCUCUGAUGCAAGACCCUAUUUUACUGGUGAGGGUUUAUGGACAGAUGACUGAGCUUUUUAUGGACCGAGAUAAGGAGAUGGAGAUGUUCCGGGUGCUUCACAAACAUGGCUGUGGCCCGGAACUGUACUGCAGUUUUACCAAUGGUAUCUGCUAUGAGUUUGUCAAAGGAGUUGUGCUGGACGACACACUGCUUAGACAGCCAUCUGUUUACAGAUUGAUUGCAACAGAAAUGGGGAAAAUCCAUUCCAUAAAGUCUGGAGAAACUGGAAACAGUUCACCCGUUUUGUGGUCUAGAUUGUCCCAGUUCCUUAAUCUGGUCCAGACUUCUGAUGCUGCUGAACAGCAAAAAUCCAGUGCCCAUGUGGAGGCACCUUGCCUAAAAAUCAUCAUCAAAGAGAUGGAGGAACUGAAGAGUCAUCUUACCCACAUCAACUCCCCAGUAGUACUAUGUCAUAAUGACCUCCUGACUAAAAAUGUCAUCUAUAACCAAGAAGAAGGCGCAGUAAAAUUCAUUGACUAUGAAUAUGCAGAUUUUAAUUACCAAGCAUAUGAUAUUGGAAACCAUUUCAAUGAAUUUGCAGGUAUCAAUAAUGUUGACUCCAGCCUGUACCCUAGCUGUGAACUUCAGUUUGAUUGGCUUACUGCUUAUCUGGAGAGUUUCAAGUGGUUCAAUGGCAUGGAUUCAACUGUGACCAAGAAAGAAGUCCUGGAACUUUAUGCACAAGUCUGCAAGUUCUCCUUGGUGGCUCAUCUUUUCUGGUGUCUAUGGGCUCUCCUGCAGGUGGCUCAUCUUUUCUGGUGUCUAUGGGCUCUCCUGCAGGCAAAACAUUCCACCAUUGACUUUGACUUCCAGAGAGCUGUAACACAGUGGACUGUGCAAAUGGGCAGGACAUAUAUAAUCUUUUUGCUCAUAGACAUCCUGAUUUGA